CGCACUUAGAACGUCUUCUUCCAGUUUCACCAUGUCCGGCGCCCACCACUACAGUGUGGCGGAAGGUCGAAGGCGCUCUUUGGAGAGUUUCGAGGAUCAUGAGGUGUGUAUGACGAUAGACCAGUACGGGCACUUACGUUCUGCACAGCCGAGAAGAUAUAGACGAUAAUGAUUCUCGCAACAAGGCCGAUGGAUUAUCGCCAUAGAGUGUUUCCGCGGAACGGAAUCGUGCCAGCUGUCACAACAUCGGUUUGACGUUGUCCAUCACUCACAGCCCGUCCGAAAUCCCUUGAGCUGCUUACAACAAUCCUCUGACAACCCUCGUUUCAAUCCUCUGCGUCAUCCAUAUACCAUGAAGACUCUGGUCGUCCUUUACCCAAACUUUAGGUCUGCGGACCUCGAUGUGAUGGACUAUAUUGAUCCUCGGUCAGAGGAGGAGGAGUCCUUGACUGCAGUACGCUUCGGACAGAGCUCGAUCCCAACUGAGCUACCCACGAAGUUCGGUGAGGUCUUCGUGCUUGAUGUUUCGACUGCUCUGAGCAAUACGUUCGACCUCCUCAACAUACCCGGGAGCGAAGUCUCUACAAGCAUGAAUGAUGCCGUUCUUGGUGCCGAAGAUUCUGCCUCUAUCAGAGGACUUUUAGAUAAAGCUACGUGGAACGUUACUCUGGGUUUAGGAACAACAUUGAUGGCGAGGUCGGGUUUCCCUGAUGAAUAUCCCACAAUGCGAGGAUUAUUCGUCGGGACUCCUGCUGGUGCCAACCUCGGCAACAUACGCGAUAAAUUACAGUCGUUUGCAUAUGAAACCCGAGGCGGUGUUUUUCUGUGCGCGCGGAAAGUUGUUUGUCUUAUCCAAA